CAACCAAGCUACAUACAUUUCUUCUACCCACCAUAAGUGAAAAGAAUCCACAUUCAUCACAAAGUCAUGGGUUUUCGCUUGCCGAGAAUUGUUAACUCCAAGAGUCUGAAACAGAGUCUUUCCUUUCGGGAGACGAAAACGGUUCCCAAAGGCCACUUUGUUGUUUAUGUCGGAGAGGCUGAUGAAAAGAAGAGAUUCGUUGCCCCGAUUUCAUUUCUGAAUCAUUCUUCCUUCCAAAAGUUGCUAAGUGAAGCUGAAGAAGAGUAUGGAUUUAAUCAUCCAAUGGGUGUUCUAACCAUCCCCUGCAGUGAAGAAGCCUUCCUUGAUCUCUUUUGCUGUUUCAAAAGCUCAUGAAAGUUAGAUUUGGUAACAGCUAACCAAGCAGAAACAAACCAUUUUGUUUUACACAGGAAGGGAGUGUAAUUGGUGGAUUGUUUUAUGCAACCCCUUGCACUUGCGAAGUACAAUUAUUUUUUGUAAUCAUUCUUUAAAUGAAAAGCAACAGAUCUCUUUACCAAACA